AUGCCCCCCGCGGCUCACGCCAGACAAGGUUCCACCGGUCUCGGAACAAGUCAGUGGGAACCCUAUCCUCCCACCACAACGAGAGGCGUCGCCGCUGCUGCGGACCGCAAAGCUUCACUCCACAAGUCUUGUUACUCCUUCAGCUCUCCCUUCUCUUCCUCAGCACUAUCCUCACUCAAACAGGCCCCAAUGUCUACUCCAACCUUCCUCCCUUCCUCCAUUGCGACCAACCCCGCUACUACUGAGCUGGAUCUCAAAGAAAUCAGCGGCAACACUGUCUCUCAACUCCUAAGGCAGACAUUGUACGGCUUUGGCAACAAGAACAAGAACACGGUCUUGCUUUUGGAUAUGCGCCCUGCUGUUAGUCAUUCCGAUCUGUCUAUCAAGACGUCAGUUGGCGUUAGUGUCCCCAGCAUGCUCCUGAAGAGACCCAUGUAUUCUCUCGGCAUGUUCACAGAUCAUCUGACCACCGACCGAGAGGUUGAGGCCUUCUCCAACUGGAGACAGUUCUCCAACAUUGUGCUCUUUGACGCCACUGGUGCCCCGCCAGUCAAGGGAAGUCCAUUGUUCUGCAUAGCUCAAAAGUUUCGCAAAGAGGGCUGCUCUGCACGGAUAGGUUACAUUCAGGGAUCGUUCACCACAGCGUCCCCUCCACGGUCUCGCCUUCACCUCGGUUCUUUGCCUUCGAUGAUCACCAAUCCUGUGGGUGGAGACACUGUUGCACAGACACCUAUGAUUGAAAACCCCAAUGUCAACCCCUUGUUCGAGAGUGUCCGCCAGGCGAUGGGUCUGAACACCAACAUCACCGAGGAGAUUCCUGUCCGUCUUCCAAAUGGGUUCCCGGUCGAGAUGAUCCGAGAACACCUCCCAAACUGGAUCCUGAAUGUCGUAGAUGAACCUGCCGGAAAGGCGCGCCUUGCUAAGUACUUCCAGAAAGUGGAGAUCACCGAGAAGAAGAGACUGGCGCUGCUGAUGUGUCCUCAGAUGAUGCGGUCGGGAAAAGUGAGCGAGUACAGCAUCGGGUCGGCCAUUGAGAAGGGCCUCAAGAACCGGUACAACAAUGUCUGGCCAUUCGACCACACCCGCGUUAAGAUCCAUGAGCUCGACCAAGGUGGCGACGAUUACAUCAAUGCCUCCUUUCUCACCCCUCCCUUCGGUCGCAAGUCCUAUAUUGCUACCCAGGCACCUCUCCCAUCUACGUUACUGGACUUUUGGAAGGUCGUCUGGGAACAAAACUCGCGCGUCGUCGUCAUGUUGACCCGAGAGGUUGAGAUGGGGCGCGUCAAGUGCCACAAGUACUGGCCAACCGCACAAGAGCCUGUUCUGGACCUCGGCGCCGUGCAGAUCACCUUUCUUAACGAGAGCCAGCCUCACGGUGACAGUGGUUCUUCUAUCCUGGUCCGUCAAAUGAGACUACGACACACAGCAACAGAUUCUUCACACGAAGCCGAGCGAACGAUUACUCAGAUCCAGUACACCGGAUGGCCCGAUUUUGGUGUCCCCGAGACGCCGCUAGAGGUGCUUCAGUUGAUUAAGCUGGCCGACACGCACAACAUGCCAUCAUCGGCAGGCCCCAUGGUGGUUCAUUGCUCUGCGGGUUGCGGAAGGACAGGUGCGUUUUGCGUGAUCGACUCGGUCCUCUCGGAGCUCAAGUAUAGUCCAGAAUCGAUCCUCUGCGACCAACGCUCGUCAUCAGUUGGUGGCAAUGCUGCACGACAGCAUCAACAACAGCAGCCCUCUUCUUCAAGGAUGGAAUUUGGGGCAAGCCUCCCCAGCGAGCGAGUAUUGGAGGCCAUGCGUAGAGGUAAACACUGUCAGAACCAAGCCAACGCCGAGGAAGGCGUACCAAUGGAGGAUGCUGUCUUUGCGACGGUGACCAGGUUCAGAGAGCAGCGUCUGUCGAUGGUGCAGUGCUUGCGCCAAUACGUGUUCUGCUACGAGGCGAUCAUCUGGUAUUUGGGCAAGGUGUUGAUGAAGGACGGAUCGGAUCGUCAUGUCUUAGAGGUUCCCAGGAGUUUUCAAGUCCGUCAGACGCCUGCGAUUGCUUUUCCUCCAAGAAAGCCUGCUUCGACCUUUGGACUAUCGAUGGGGAAUGCGCCCAUUACUACCACCAAUGAAGAGUUCUCGUACUUCGGAUAG